GCUUAUUAGUUCCCUGUUCCUUACCAGGACCUCCUGUCCUAAAACAACUCAUGCAAAUGGUUUCUACGGUGCCUGGCCAGGGUAGACGGUUUCCAUCAGCGUGCUUCCUGUAACACUUUCUCACAGCCUGCUUUCGCUUUCUGUUGAGAGAAGGAAACUGGCCUCUGAAGGAGCUGUGGAGCUGUUGACUGAGUCCUGAGCCUCAGCCGUCACGGGGCCCUGGGUCAUUUUCAGGCAUCUGACUCAAUCCAUCUCCAGAUCUGGCUCAUUCUCUGGUGGAUCUUCAGUGAGGACCAUUGCCACAACCGGUGACCGUGACCUGCCUGACCGUCACAACACCAUGUCCACCAGGUCCACACCCCCAGACCAGGACUACUUGGCCUUGGUGUGGCUCUGCUUCCGCCUGCUGCAGUUGUUCUCCAGUUGUGUGGCCUUCUGCCUGGUGAUUUCUGGCCUUCGGAAGUGGCGCGUAGGUGCCAGGGCCGUAAAUAUCUGGGCCUUGCUCAUCUGGUUCCUCUCUUUGCCCAUAAGCCUCAUCGUAGUCAUGGUUGAGUUAUAUUACAUCCAGUCCCACUUUCAUUUCUCGUACCACAUGCCCCUCACAGAUGCCUGCUUCGCUGCCCACGUCUGUCUCUCACUAUACAUGGUUCAGUCUAUCCGGAGCCUUGGGUUUUCGCCUUAUGGCCCUUUCGUAGACCGGGUCAGUGCUGCCCUAUCAUUCACCUACAUUACGUGUUUCCUUUAUGGUGUAGAACUGUCGUGCUCGUGGAACUGCUACAAGCUCAAGGACCUCACCUGCGCUGUGUACACCACGCAGGGUGUGCUAAAGGUGCUGGAGAGCUUUGUGGCCUGUGUCAUCUUCGCCUUCAUCUCCAACACCUCCCGGCACCUGAAGGAGCCAGCUCACGAGUGGUGUCUAGCCAUCUAUUACAUCUGCUUCGCCCAAGCGAUCGUGGCCACGCUGCUGAACCUGGGCAACUGGGAGUACAGGCUGCCCGUCCAGGUUGUGCUGACCCUGCUCCCCGUCCUCCUCUACUCCACUGCUUUGGUUCUCUGGUCACUCUACCCAGUAAACGAGGAGAUUGAGAUCAAGCCCGAGGGAUUCUGGUACCUGUACAUAUUGGGGCUCACCCACUGCUCGAGUCGCGGGGACCAUCGACUGGCUGUGGCCAUCCUGACAGCCGUCAACCUGCUGAUUUAUGUGGCCGACCUGGUGAUUUCAACCCACUAGGUUUUUGUCAAGAACUGAGGAUCAGCCCUCUUGUUAAUGGAGGUUUCUACACUAAGCUCUGAUGUCAUCUUCCUGGCUCCCCUUCUCACAUCCUUCCCCAUUCUUCUCUCUCUCUUUUCUGCUUCCUUCUCUCCAUUUGCUCUUUGUCCCGUUUUAUGUGUUUGCCCACACCCUGUUUUGUCUUUCCCUUGCUUCUCUCAUCUUUUCUACAUUUUCUGCCUUUGCCCCUUUUCUGAUCAUCCUUGGUUUUCUCGUCUCCUAUGUCCUGACCAUUUUCCUGCUGAUCCAUCAAGAUCAGACUUCUUCCUUGUCGGGAGCCGCAGGGAUGCACCCAGUCCGUGACAAGGUCAUGGGACGAGAAAGGAACCUGAAAGGCAUCUCUUCCCCUCGAGGUUGUCCUGGGGGCCCGGUAUGUCCCUUUCUUCCUUCUGUCUUACUG